AUGGCGGACAUUAGAUUAUGGAGCAAAGAUCUUAUUACAGAGUUCUUAGCAAUAUACAAGUCUCAUGCAUGCCUAUGGAAAAUUAAAUCCGAUGAGUAUAAAAAUAGAAAUUUAAAGGAAAGUUCUUACGAAAAAUUAGUAAAGUUUUGCAAGGAUAAUGGAAUGCCACAAGCCAACAGAGAUUUUGUUGUAAAAAAAAUUCAAAGCUUGAAAGGGUCGUUUCGAAAAGAACUUAACAAAGUGUUGGAUAGUCAGCGUAGCGGAAAAGGUACAGAUGACAUAUAUAAACCAAACUUGUGGUAUUACGAUCUUUUAUUAUUUACCAAAGACCAAGAAACACCUACAGAUAGUUUUACAAAUAUAGAUGAACAAACCGAAGUAGUCACUAAAGAAAUUGAAAACAAUUCUACAAACAAUAAAGAUCGGCUAAACGCUACCAAAAAUGUCAAAGAGCAGCAAAAAAAUCACACAAAUGGGGAAGAACAAUCAGUACACAGCGAGAAAAAUGAGAUACAAAAUAAAAACUCUGAUCACACACCAGUAAGGAAGAGAAAAGUGGCAAGUAGUUUUCAGGCAGAAUUAUUAAAAGUUUGUGCUAAUACAAUGAAAGCUAAUUCCAAAGAGUUAACAGAGUUUGAUGCUGUUGGAAUUAAUAUAGCCAAAAAAAUGGCUAAAAUGGAUCCUUUACAAGCCAUUUAUGCAGAAUCUAUAAUAAACAAUGUGCUACUCAGAGGAUUACUGAAAAAAUUGACAGAAGAGACUAAUCUGUGCAACGGCUGUUACAGACGUGUUGAGACUCCAUCUUCUAUUCAUACGUAUGUAACAAGUUUAUAUAAUGAUGAUGAGGCACACGUAUUUCCAAAUUCAGAAGCACAGUAG